AUGCAGUUCCAGACUCUGCAGCUUCUGGCGGCCCUUGCUGUGGCUAGCCUGGCAGCUCCAUCGGGUUCCACAGAGACACUCGUCAACAAGCGACUCGAAAACGGCGUGGGCCGCACACCUGCUCUAGGGUGGAAUAGCUGGAAUGUCGGAGGAUGCUCCACAGCCGCCGCCUCCAACGCCAUGGCGGCCGCGAACGCCUUUGUGAGCCUGGGCCUGAAGGACGUAGGCUACACGUACGUCAACAUCGACGACUGCUGGUCGACGAAGAGCCGCAACGGCUCGGGGCACCUGGUCCCGGACCCGGCGAAGUGGCCCGAGGGCAUCGCGGCCGUGGCCACGCGCAUCCACGCGCUGGGCCUGAAGUUCGGCCUGUACGGCGACGCCGGCACCCAAACGUGCGCGGGCUACCCGGGGUCGCAGGGCAAUGAGGUCCGGGACGCGCAGACGCUGGCGUCCUGGGGCGUCGACUACUGGAAGUAUGACAACUGCAACACGCCCUCGAGCGGCAACAGCAGCGCGUGGUAUAUCAAGAUGCGGGAUGCGCUGGCCGACUCGGGGCGGCCCAUCUUUUUUUCCAUGUGCAACUGGGGCAGAGACGACGUAUGGACGUGGGGGAAGAACGUGGGCAACUCGUGGAGAAUGUCGAGCGACAUCACGAACCAGUGGAGCUCGGUGGCCUCCAUUGCCGCGUCGGCGGUGCCGAUGGCCAAGUACGCCGGGCCGGGAGGUUUCAACGACCUGGACAUGAUGGAAAUCGGCAACGGCGGUCUGACCGAGAACGAAGAGCGUGCCCACAUGGGACUUUGGGCCUUGGCCAAGUCCCCGAUAAUUCUGGGAACGGACCUGACAAAGAUCAAGAGCUCGUCUCUUGCCAUCAUAAAAAAUACGGGCAUCCUCGGGAUCAGCCAGGACCCCCUGGGCAAGGCUGCGAUGCCUUUCCAGCCCGCCGGUACAGCAGCUCCCAACUCUCGGCAGCUACCCUCUUAUUGGGCCGGACCGCUCAGCGAUGGUGUUGUUGUUGGGCUGGUCGCGGUAAAUGGCGCGGCGACCCUAUCAGUCAACUUUGCAGAUGUUCCCGGGUUGGGCGCUGGGUCAUGGGCAUGGACCGAGGUGUACAGCGGAACUUCGGGAACCGGCACCUCGGUCUCAGCAAAGCUGGGUUCUCAUGACAUGGCGGUGUACAAGGUUACAGCGGCUAGCUAG